GCAUCCGUGACGUUAUUUCCGAUGGUCGACGUCAAUCGGUCCGUGUGAGAAGACUCUAAGAGGUCUUGAAAGAGGACGACGACGUAAGGGGCGGCUACGUCGUCGGAGCCCUGACGGAAGAUGGCGUGGCGCGUUAGCGGCUGCCAUCUUCUUUGGCUCGUGAUCGCCACUGCCGCAUUCUAUACGGCUCUUGCCGCACCGCAGGGAGCGGAUGAGGAGGAGUACGCAGAGUAUGAUGAGGCCGAAACGUCGCUACCUGAAGAACAUUCCGGCACCGUCGAGUCUGAACCGGGUAUCGAAAUGUGUCUCUGGAACGGCGAAACCUUCGUCGAUGGACAGGAGUGGCGGCCCGAUCUGUGUACCGUGUGCCGUUGCAUAGCUGGACAACAAGUAUGCAGUCCUCAGGAAUGUCCGAAAUUGCCCCCGUGUAGAGGGCGUACCAUUGUGCCACAGGGCGAAUGCUGUCCCAUCUGUAUCGAAGAUCCAGAACCUACAUCGGAGCCUCCUCCUGUCACGGAGGAAAUAGCUUACGUUGGUCCACGUGGACCCCCGGGAGAGCCUGGCAUCCCCGGACGGCCCGGUGAACAAGGAACACCUGGAGAACCCGGCUUUCAUGGGCAGCCUGGAUUACCUGGUCCGCCUGGUCCCGUUCCGGAUCUCGGCAAAUGGUUUACAGAGCAACGUGCGCUGUCUGGAGCCACCGGAGAAAAAGGACCCGUUGACUUCCAGUAUAUGCAAGCCUCAGUAGGACCCACAGGCCCCAGGGGACCUACGGGUCCACCUGGUCCACCUGGGCCUCAAGGCUUUCAAGGAGUGCGUGGUGAGCCAGGUGAGCCAGGCCCACCGGGAUCCACGGGACCUCCCGGAGAAAGGGGUCCUGCAGGACCUACUGGCAAAGACGGAGAAGCUGGUGAAGACGGCAAACCUGGCGCUCAGGGUCCUCCCGGAACUCAGGGCCCAAGAGGUUUACCAGGAUUACCAGGACUUCCGGGACCCAAAGGCCAUCGCGGCUAUCCUGGGCUUGACGGGCAAAAAGGAGAACUCGGAGCGACGGGUGAAAAGGGAUCACCCGGACCUCAAGGCAAAAUUGGACCGGUCGGACCUAUUGGCCCAGCUGGAAUUCGUGGAGAGCGUGGGCGAGAAGGUCCGGCAGGUCCUCCAGGAAUUCGUGGCACGGACGGCCAAAUGGGCCCACCUGGUCCACCAGGCUCAGCAGGCCGACCAGGACCACCUGGUUUUCCUGGAGCUCCAGGAAUGAAAGGAGAUGCGGGAGCUCAAGGUCCUAAAGGAAGCACUGGACUUCAAGGACCACGGGGAGAGUCUGGCCGACCAGGAACUCCCGGAGAACCUGGACCAAUGGGUCCAACUGGAAAGGAUGGUUCAGCUGGUGAGAAGGGUGCUCGCGGUGAUUCUGGAGUAGCAGGUGUACCCGGAUUCCCUGGGCCACGAGGACCGCCAGGUUUGUCAGGAAGUCCUGGCGUACCUGGACCGAAAGGAGCCCCUGGCCAGCCAGGCCAAUCAGGCCACAAGGGUGAAUCAGGACCAAAAGGAGAAACAGGAGCAACUGGCCCACGAGGAUUGCUCGGACCGCAAGGAGCUCCUGGAAAGAGGGGUAAGAGCGGUGCACAAGGACCUCCCGGACCUGUAGGGCCUCAAGGUGAACGAGGUGUGCCUGGCCCAAGGGGACUCCCAGGUCCUGACGGACUUCCCGGACAAAAGGGUGAGCAGGGUGCUCUUGGAGCGCAAGGGCCAAUCGGACCUAAGGGCUCUCAAGGAGACAAUGGCAAGCCUGGGCUUCCUGGACUCCAAGGCCUUCGAGGUACACCGGGUACACCUGGUCUGCCCGGAAAAGAUGGAGCUCUUGGAGAAAGGGGCCUUCCAGGUGCUGAUGGAAAAGCCGGCGAACCUGGGCAACAGGGAAUGCAAGGCCUUCCAGGACCUACAGGGCUCCCGGGAAUGAAAGGGGAACAGGGCGAGCCCGGUUUAGACGGCAAACAGGGCCCUCGUGGACCACAAGGGCCACGUGGAGACACUGGAAAGGAGGGUCCUAUGGGACCGGCCGGAUUACCAGGAAAACCUGGGGAAAUGGGAAUGAGAGGCCCCCCAGGAUCGCAAGGGGCUCGAGGAUUCCAGGGACUCCCGGGAGUCCCUGGCAAUCCAGGUGCGCCGGGCAAAGAUGGAAUUCCUGGAAUCGCUGGUCCACCUGGCCUUCCAGGAGCUACAGGUGCCAGGGGGGAGCGCGGCUUCCCUGGCGAGACAGGCAAACAGGGUGUACAAGGCCCACAAGGUGAUCGUGGUGAACCUGGGCCUGCAGGACAGGAUGGUGCCAGAGGUCCAACUGGAGAAAAGGGCGCUAAAGGACACCAAGGCCCCCCAGGUCUUGUUGGACUCCCUGGUCGUCGUGGUGACAUUGGAUCAAUGGGUCCAAAAGGUGAACGGGGAGACCAUGGGCCACCAGGUCCUGAAGGUCCAAUGGGCCGGCCGGGAGAACCAGGUGUACAGGGUCCCGUCGGACCUAUCGGACAUACAGGCGAGCCUGGCAUUAAAGGCGGGUCAGGUCCCACUGGACCGAUUGGCCCAACUGGAGCUCCUGGACAGGUUGGCGCUAGAGGCCCUAUUGGGCCUCCAGGACCUAUUGGAUUCCAAGGUCCACUUGGUCCCCCUGGACCUACUGGACCAAAAGGUAACAACGGAGCACCAGGUCCUAAAGGUGAACAAGGCGAGAUCGGCCCCCAGGGCUCCCCCGGUGAUGCCGGACCUCCUGGACCCCUUGGCCUUUCAGGACCCAAGGGCCCUCGCGGGGAACCUGGUACCAAGGGAGACAUCGGAAUUCCAGGUCUUAUCGGUCGGCCUGGUGAGAUGGGAAGGCCCGGAGAGAUUGGAUUGCCCGGUCUACCGGGACCGAUAGGCCUUCCAGGAAUUAAGGGAACAACCGGUGAGCCUGGUAGGCCAGGUCUUCAAGGCGCACAGGGCAAUCCUGGACCUAUUGGUCCUCAAGGUAUUAAAGGUGAAACCGGUGCUGAGGGUCCUGUAGGUCAAACCGGACCUUUGGGUCCCCCUGGUCCACACGGAGAGCGUGGCGUACCAGGUUUGCCCGGCCUUCAAGGUCCUAAAGGUCCAAUGGGACCUCGUGGACCUCAAGGAGAGCGUGGUCAAGAAGGAAAGCCAGGAGGAGAUGGACCACCAGGAUCUGCUGGACCUCAAGGUAUCCAGGGGCCACCUGGACCUCAGGGUGAAAGAGGACUCAUUGGAAGCCCCGGCAAACAGGGUCCACCUGGUAUCGCGGGCCGUCCCGGUGACAAGGGACCUCAAGGAGCAGCAGGAGCACAGGGACCGCCUGGACCACCUGGUCUUAUUGGCGCCCCAGGACCCGUUGGUCAAAGAGGCCCAUCCGGUGAUCAUGGAGAAAAGGGGGACACUGGUCCCAUGGGUGUAGGUGGUCCCCAGGGACCUCGUGGCCCGCCUGGAGUAGCCGGUUUACAGGGCAGUAAGGGAGACCGCGGAGAACCUGGUGAUCGUGGACUUAAGGGUCAUCGAGGUCUCGCUGGUUUGCAAGGACUUCCUGGACCACCUGGAGCUCCAGGAGAGCGCGGAACUCCUGGAGGUGCAGGAACUACCGGACUUCCAGGACCAGCUGGCCCAAGAGGUGCACCUGGAAGAGACGGUGCGAUGGGACCUCAAGGAGUUCAAGGAGCACCAGGCCCUCGAGGGCCCCCUGGAGAAAAUGGCAAGCCUGGUAUUCCCGGAGCUGCUGGUCCUCCUGGACCCCCCGGACCUCCUGGAGAGCCAUUCGGAUACGAUCCCGCCGCCCUUCAGGCUAUUCUUGGUAAACCUCACACGAAGGGCCCAGAUCCAAUGAUCGGCGACGACGCACGCGUACUAUUCGAUGACAAAGCUUCAAUUGAAGAUAAGAAAAAAAUCAUCUUUGAGUAUUACAAAAAGCUUGUCGAGGAGUAUGACCGUAUAAGAAACCCCGUCGGAACGAAGGAUGCUCCUGCCAAAACAUGUAGGGAUCUCUCGAUUUCCCAUCCUGACUUCAAGAGUGGCAUGUAUUGGAUAGAUCCGAAUGAAGGGGAUUCGCGCGAUGCUAUCCAGGUUUACUGUGACAUGCGUGUUGGGGCGUCUUGCAUUACACCUUCACCGAAGAUCGUACCAAAUAAGGCACACUACAUUGGCAAACCAAAACAUACCUGGUUCUCUGAAAUGCCAGGCGGAAGUCAGUUCACGUACAAGAUCGACCGCGUACAGCUGACAUUCCUGCAAAUGCUAAGCGGGCGUGCCGAGCAGAAUAUCACGUACCAUUGCAAGAACUCAGUCGCCUACUUAGAUGCCACCAAGGGCAACUACAGAAAAGCAGUGAAACUGCUUUCUGGGAAUGAUCUCGAACUAAAGCCCCAUGGGGAUAACGUAUCUGCAAACAACAAAUUCACCUUCACUGCAGCAUACGAUGGUUGCAAGGAUCGCAAGAGCAGCUGGGAUCAAACUAUGCUUACUUUUAAGUCGGACAAGCCCAACAGGCUGCCGGUUGUGGAUAUCGCCCCCAAGGACAUCGGAGGACGUCAACAGCAAUUUGGCCUCGAGAUCGGCCCGGCCUGUUUCCUUUAGUACUGUUGGCUUCCAUAUUAGGUCGUCAACUUAGAGGCAGUUGGUUGUUAGAUAAGUUUAACUAGGUAGUUACCAAUAAAAUGACACUGGUUACGCGGGGAGUACGAA